GCUGAACGAAAUACUUUCCCCAUCAAAUGGUUCCGAGGACUCCAGCCGCAGGAACAGACGGUCGGGUUUUUAGCAUCCAGACCUAGGAACAGCCAGGUGUACGGUACGGGCUGCCUUCUCACGGGCCGCUACAGUUUCACCGAGACCAGGCUGAUCGGUACGGACGGGUCAGGUGGAAAGUUCUCUGCUGACCCCCGCCUUCGACGAGUAGGAUGGGGACUUGCUCUCAUGGGACGUGAUAAUUGGGGAGAGCAGUGGAAACAUAAAAGCAACACCGACUUGUGGUGUCUCUUUUGGCAGGCCUAUAAUGACAGGACCCACCACGUCGCCUUUAAGAAGACCAAGGCGCACGCCACGCUGAGCGACAUCAGCGAUGGCACCGUGCGCCCCGACUUUUACAUUGCUAACGUUGCCGCCGACGCCGUUGCGCGCAGAGCAGCUGAGUUUUUCGGAUUUACUGAGGAGGAGG